AAGUUACACGGAAUUAUCCCCACGUCACCGAAACAGACGUCUCAAACUAACAAAUUUCAUACCACGGUACUGGAGGAAUUAGAUUGAAAUAUGGUGCUCAUGACAUUGAUUGCGAGGGUGGCGGACGCCCUUCCAUUGGCAGCGUCAAUGCAGGAGGAUGAACAGCAAGGGAGAGACUUGAUGGAAUAUCAAAACCAAGGUAAACAAUUGUUUAGGAAGCUGUCCCAAGAUCCUCAGCCUCCCGCCAGAUGUAGUCUGGAAACUGGACCAUUUAUAUUUCAUUAUGUAAUAGAGAGAGGGGUGUGUUUUUUGGCCCUGUGUGAGCAGUCAUUCUCAAAGAGACUGGCAUUUUCCUUCUUAGAAGAUUUACAAACUGAAUUUACUUCCCAGUAUGGACAGAAAGUGGAUUCUGUUUCCAGGCCAUAUAGUUUUAUAGAAUUUGACUCGUACAUAAAGAAAUCAAGGAAAAGUUACAUGGAUUCUCGAGCUAGGAAGAACCUGAGCAACAUCAAUUCAGAGUUACAAGACGUGCACAGGAUCAUGGUUCAGAAUAUAGAGGAUGUCUUGUUAAGGGGAGAGAAUUUGUCAGAUCUUGACAGUAAGGCCAGUAAUUUGUCAGUGAUGUCUCAGAAAUAUAGAAAAGAUGCUCGAUACCUAAAUCUGCGAUCAACCUACGCAAAAAUCGCAGCCAUAGUCAUCGUCAUCAUUGUGUUGCUCCUAUUCUUGAGAUAUAUGAUUUGGUGAUGCAUAAUUACAGGGACAUCAGUGCUGUAAAAACAAGCCUUGUCUAGUCUACCCAUAAUAUACAACACCUAAGAGCUUCAUUGUGUUGGGAAGGGAUAAUUAAGUUAAUGUGCAUUAUAUUAAAGACAAAGAAAUGUUAUGAGGGUUUAAAAUGGUGUUGUUUGGAACUACAGAAAAAAUCAAUUUGUGAAAAAGAUAACCUGACAGACUGUUUAAAUGUCAAGAUUUGAUUAAAAACUGAUGUAAGGGAUUAAUAUACAUAGUGGUGUGUUUGACAUCUUUAUUCAACUUUUUACUUUCCAAUGUCUUCAUGUGUUCAAAGCAUGAAAUAGUGCUUUAGUGGGUAGAUAUGUGUAAACAUGAGGGUGUGUGAACAUGCUUGUUUUAAUGAAUGACAAGUGAAAUGGUAUACUGUGCCUUUAAUUUUGUUUUCAUCAGUUAGUCUGAUCUGUUGAGGUUGUGUGUAACACUGGGUUUAAUUAUCAAUUAAAUCAUGCCCUGUCAUUAUGUGAGUAUACGGUAGUAAACUACAAUAAGAGAUUGGAGUAAUUACUGAAUUGUAUGGACCUAUGAACUUUUUAGUUAGUGUUAUGCAUAAGGAUGUGUAUUUAUUAGAUGAAAAGAAUAUACAUGUAUGUAUGAAUGCUUGAUGUGUGUUUGUGUGUAUGUGUCUUUAUACAUUUCACUUCAUGACUUGUUGAAUAUACAUUGAAUGUAAUGAAUUUGUUAUGAUUGGAUUAAACUAAUUCUACAAUA